AUGAUGCUGGACAUGGGUCUCCAAUACCUAACCCUACACCUCCAGUCGUACCUCCUUAGGUUCGGUAUGACUGGACCCGACUGGCACCCGGGCCCCGGUCGUCCCACCGAACCGAAGGCCUAGGGUUAAAGAGUUCGGAGUCGACAUGGAGGCCUCCGACGUCGGGUGCUCCGACCAGUUCGACCAACUUAGGUCGCAAUCCAGACCGCCCGCCGACAAGGUGCCCAAGAAGGCGGUGUUGCAGCCGCCGACGCCCGACAAGCCCUUCCUCAACGAGAAUGGCCUGGACUUGAUGAAGCUCUCCGACGCAGAGCUGGCUGCCGUGGUGCCGCUCAACGAGAAGGGCGAACGGACGUCCAUCGGAGCCCUAAAGCAUCCGGAUCAUUGUAGCCGCUGCAUUUUCUGGUUCCGCAAUGUCUGUGAGAAGGGGAUCCGCUGCGAGUUUUGCCACUUUCAGCACCCCGGACAGGUGGCCAAGAAGAUUCGUCCCAGCAAGUCCUUCCGGAUGAAGCAGAAGGAGAUGCAGAACGCUGCGAGUACGUGACGAACACCACGGGUUUCCGGUGGUGUUGAGCCAGAGAGGCCCAACACUCUUCGUAGCACGCACGCACGAUUUGCGCCCGGAGCGGAUGUUCGGUCCAUAGUCCUGUUCAUCCGCAAAUCCAUGCGAGUAGCUCGUGUGGCAUCAGAGGAGUGUUUCGGGGCAUAUCCCCACAGGUCAGCGAAGGACCUGAUUUUACUGGAGUUCCUG